UAAAAGAAGGCAAAUGUAAUAAUUUGCCUUACAAACUUGUAAAUCCGUAAAAUCAACUCAUUAGCUUAGUUUUACAAUUAUUUUUUUCGUCCUGAUUUCUUGGAAAUUUCGAAAUGGUGAACGAAAAGGAAUUCUGGAACGAAAUUCGAAAGAAUUUUCCGAAAUCUAAAAAGGGAAAACCUAGGAUCGUUCCUGCUUUCACGAUUCAAGCAUUGCAGGAAAAUACAGUGGUAGCAAGACCUCCAAAAGUUGGACUCUACGACCCUCAGCCACCGAAACCAUCAACUUUUCGAAAAUAUUACGAACGUGGCGUUUUUCCAAUUGCUUUUGAAGACGUCGAUGCCGGACCGAAACUUAGUUGGAAAGUGAAAAUUGAAGACCUGGACUUCCAUCAUUAUCUGCCGAUGUUUUUUGACGGCUUGACUGAAACUGAAUCCCCUUAUAAAUUUCUUGUGGAACAAGGAAUCUCCGAAAUGUUGGAACACGGAGGUUCAAAAGUCCUUCCGGUUGUUCCACAACUUAUUAUUCCUAUAAAAAAGGCAUUAAGUACUAAAGUCCCAGAAAUAAUAUGUUCGACAAUGAGAGCUUUGCAGCGUCUUGUUCGAUCCGGAGAAUGCGUCGGUGAAGCUUUAGUCCCUUAUUUCAGACAGAUUCUCCCAAUUCCAAAUUUGCUCAAAGACAGAAAUGUGAACCUCGGAGAAGGUAUCGACUAUUCUCAACAACGAGGUGAAAAUCCAUCUGAUCUUAUUCAAGAAACUUUAGAAAUUCUGGAAAGAUACGGCGGUGAGGAUGCUUUCAUUAAUAUUAAGUACAUGGUACCGACUUACGAAUCCUGCAUGAUGAACUAAUUUCUAAAACUACCAAAAUAUU